UCUCCAUGGAGAAUCAUCAGAUUAACGUUCUAUUUGUGUGUGUGAAGCCAUUGUUGUUUCUUUAAUUCGCUCAUUUCUUUGUUUGUGAGAAAUAUGUCUGGCUGUGGCAGUGGAAGCUGUAGCUGCGGCAGCAGCUGCAAGUGCGGCAGCGGCUGCAGCUGCAGCAGCAAAAUGUACCCAGACUUGAGCUACGCAGAGAACACAACUACCGCAGCAACCCUUGUUAUGGGCGUUGCACCGGCCAAGCAUCAAUUUGAGGGUGGCGCUACUGAAAUGGCCGCCGAGAACGGUGGCUGCAAGUGUGGGUCCUCCUGCACCUGCGACCCAUGCAGCUGCAAGUAAUAAUGAAUGAAUGAUGACGAGCUUUCUUAUCUUGCUACCUUCACCUGUUGGAAAUUCUAAGCAGAGAUAACGUCAUAAAUACAUACAUAAUAAAUGUUUGCUUGUUUUUGUUUUGUGUUUGGUUCAAAAUCGUUUUAAAAUAAAUGCUUUGUUGUGUGUUUGUUUGAUCUUGUAUUUCGCUUAUAUAUUUGUAUCAUAAAUCUCUGCUUAUUAAUGGAAACACUGUUUUAUGGUA